AUGCAUCGCCUAGCUGCUGCCAAGCUCGUGUUGCUCUGCUGCUGCUGCUGCUUGUUCCUCGCCACGCAGCAGCAGCAGCAGCUCCAGCCAGCCGCCGGUGGUAACAGAGCGAGCCCGAGCUGCAUACCACACGAGAGGGACGCCCUGCUGGCAUUCAAGCACGGCGUCACCAGCGACCGUCGCGGCGUCCUCAGCUCCAACCGAACUGGCCACGUCCACGAGCUUCGACUUGGAGGUGGACGCACCUUCCGACCAGAUUUGGUCGGCCAGAUAAGUCCUUCUUUGCUGGCUCUGGAUCACCUAGAGCACCUUGACCUCAGCUGGAAUGAUCUAGCAGGGCCAACGGGUCGUCUUCCCGAGUUCUUGGGCUCUCUAAAGAAUCUCAAGUAUCUUAACCUCUCUGGCAUACCAUUCUACGGUGGCGUGCCUCCCCAGCUUGGCAACUUGUCAAGGCUGCAGUAUCUAGAUCUUUCCAUCUGGAGAGGCACGAACUCAACGGAUCUCUCAUGGUUAACACACAUUCCUUCCAUACAAUAUCUUAACUUGGACGGAGUGAACCUCAGCACAGUAGCGGAUUGGCCUCGUGUCAUGAAUAUGCUUCCUUCUUUGAGGGCCCUCCAUCUUUCACACUGCUCUCUUGCAAGCGCAAACCAGUCGCUGCCACACCUGAACCUUACAAAUCUCGAGGAGCUCGAUGCCUCCAGGAACUCCUUCCACCAUCCAAUGGUGACCAGCCGCUACACUAGUAUGUACGGUCAAUUUCCGGAUGCUCUGGGAGACAUGACAUCCCUGCAAGUCCUUGAUCUUUCAUCUAAUUAUUAUGAUGAUGACUAUGACGAUGGGAAGGACCGCAUCAUGACCAUGGAUCUGAAGAAUCUAUGCAAUUUGGAGGUUCUCAACCUUGAUUUCUCUCACUUAUAUGGCAACGUAGCUGAGUUGUUUAGGAAUCUACCUCGAUGUUCACCCAACAAAUUGCAAGAAUUGGACCUCGGUGGGAACUACAUCACAGGACAUGUUCCAUAUGAGAUUGGUAAGCUUAGUAAUCUGACCCAUCUGUAUCUAUAUGCAAAUAAACUGGAUGGCACGAUAACUGAGGAACAAUUUGCUAGUGCAAGGAGCUUGCAAUGUAUAGACUUGUCAUAUAAUGCCCUGAAGAUUGAGAUCAGCUCGGACUGGCAACCACCAUCUACAUUAGAGUAUGUAUACUUUGCAUCCUGCCAGAUGGGCCCACUGUUUCCUGGGUGGCUUCAGUGGAAUGUGAGCAUCACCGAUCUUGAUAUCUCGAGUGCAGGUAUAGCUGAUAGGCUUCCACAGUGGUUCUCCGAUGCCUUUUCAAAUGCCAAAUUCAUGAACAUCUCCAACUAUCAACUCAACGGAACUUUGCCGGCUGAUAUGGGCUCCAUGUCACUUCUAUACCUCGACCUCAGUUCAAACAAAUUAACUGGUCAGAUACCCACGCUGCCACCAAACAUAACGUGGUUGGACUUAUCCAAUAACUUGUUGUUAGGACUCACUGGUCACUCUGCUGUUGGAUCCGUCAAUCUAGAAUCAUUGUCUUUGUUCUCCAACCGACUCACUGGUCAUAUUCCUGAAUCUUUUUGUAAAUAUCAGCAAUUAUUUGUGUUGGACUUGUCCAAAAAAAUUUUGGAGGGAGAACCACCGUUGUGCCUCGGGGUAACGGAAUCUAUGGGAUUUGUAGCCUUAAGUAACAAUAGUUUGUCAGGAAAGUUCCCGUCUUUUCUGCAAAACUUGACAAAUGUGCUCUUCCUAGAUUUGUCUUGGAAUAAAUUCUCUGGAAGAUUGCCAAUGUGGAUUGGAAGCUUAACAUCAUUAAGAGUUAUACGAUUAAGUCACAACAAGUUCUUUGGUAGCAUUCCAAUGAACAUCACAAACCUUUCUUGCCUUCAGUACAUGGAUCUAAAUAACAAUAAGAUAUCAGGCUCUCUGCCGAUCUACCUAUCAAAUCUUCAAUUUAUGACAAACACAUCCAUGAUGGGUUGUUAUGUCGGCAAUGGGACAAUUGAUACUGAUCUUAAUAGUUUGUCUACAGUCUGGAAGGGGCAGGAAUUGAACUAUGGUUCCAUUCAAAGAAUUUUCGACACAAGGAUGAUGAGCAUUGAUUUAUCUUCAAACAACAUAACUGGACAAAUUCUAGAAGAAAUAGUUGUUCUUGAUGCCCUUGUGAAUUUGAAUCUAUCAAGGAACCACUUGACUGGAGUUAUUCCAAAGAAGAUCGGGGAAAUGCGAUCACUGCAAUCAUUGGACCUCUCGAGGAACAUGCUUUCAGGGGAAAUACCAGCCACUCUGUCAAAUCUGACGUUCUUAAGUUACUUGGAAUUAUCAUACAAUGAUCUUACAGGAAGAAUUCCAUCGGGAGUACAGCUUGAUACCCUCUAUGCAGAGUAUCCAUCUAUGUACAUUGGCAACGUCGGUCUUUGUGGACAUCCUCUUCAAAACAAUUGCUCGAGCGAGCGUCCUGCACCAAAGCAGGGUGGCCUGGGAAGAACUGAAGAAGGUUAUGGGAUACCAUUCUUUUAUCAUGGACUCGGGUACGGCUUCGUGGUUGGUACAUGGAUUGCAUUUGGUGUUUUGUUGUUCAAGAGAAACUGGAGAAUUGCUUGCUUUAGACUCUCGGACAAGUUGUACGACAAAGUAUAUGUCCUUGUUGCUACAUGGGCAAGAGCAAGACAAACACAAACUGAUUAG